CUGUCUUACUUACACAUAACAUCAUUAUUUUAUAUCCAAAGUGUAGAAAUUGUACGAGCUAGCGUACUUUAGCCAAACAGGAAGUAACGUUGAACAGACCGGAAGUGACCGCAGAGGGCGCGACGUUUUAAAAUAAAAUUGUGCGGGUCGUUUUUGACUGUUGACAAAUCUCAUAUUCAAAGUAUUCCUAAAGGUGUCCCCCGGUUGAAAAACAAAAUGUCUUCAAAAAUUCCCAGAGGUUUGCAUUUACCUGCAGAGACGAAGAAAACGGGCCACAAAUUUGAAUCCAAAGACGCAGCAGCUGCGUCUGCGACAGCCCAGAGAUCGGACGUCGUCCUUAAAUCUCAAAAAGAAAAUGUACCCAGAAAAAAUAUUGCCCCUAAAGGUCACAAAGGGGUCUCCACCAGGUACGGGCAACAGGCAGAGCUCAAGGAGCAAAAUCAGCAAUUGAUGACUGUCAACGAGGAGCUGCAAAAGAACCUCACAGAGACACAGCAACGAAUGGCUGAGUUGGAGAUGCAGUUCGGUGACCUCGAAAAGGAAAACGCAGAGGUGCAGAAAAACCUGAAGGACUGCCAUGUUCUCCUAGUCGCGGCGAAAAUGGACCCAGUUUUAGGAGGAAGGGUUGGAGAAGCUGCACAGCAAAAUGAAGAUCAGAGGAAUGAAGCAAUGAGCGUCUCUGCAGACCUGCUGAACGAAUUAAGAACAUUUGGUGAUACUGCAACACAGCAACGUACUCAGCUAGAGGAAAUCCAAAAAACAAUGACGGACCUGGCUAAAGCCCGAGAACACAUGUUGCAGGAAAGGCAGAACUUCUCGCUGGAGGCUGCUGAGAUGGAAAGAGCUCUCACGGAAGCCGAGGCUCUCUUACUGUAAAACGUGUAAUAUCUCGCCGUGAAAUGAGUAUUGAAAUAAAAUGUGUCUAUAUUGAUGUUUAUUGUGCGUUUUUGAACUAAAGACUAAAAAUGAAUAAAUGAUUUCUUAUUUCCUCA